AUAAGUGUUUAGAUGCAUCUUCAAAAUUUUUUUAUACAAAGUAUAUAUUUACACAUAAUAUUAACUCAAAAAUAUUUAUUUAUGUUUUAACGUGAAUGAGACGCACACAGGUGUUAUAUCCGACAACCUUAGAGAGCACAAAGCUUUAUACAAGUUUGUGGAAACUGGUGAUUGGGAAGGCACGAGCUCAUUCUUGAGGGAUCAACCGAAUGCCAUAUUUUGGGCUCCGCCUUCAGGUAGGACGGUUCUUCAUGUUGCAACAAUAGAAGGACAUAUGAAAAUUGUGUAGGAGUUAGUGUACUUAGGGAAGAAGCAAUUAGUAGAAAUGCAGGAUGAGGAUGGUAAUACUGCUCUUGCUCUUGCUGCUAUUUAUGGAGACAUUAAUAUAGCAAGACGUUUUGUAAAUGCGGAAGGUGGCGAAGAAUUGCUUGCUAUACAGAACAAAGAGGGUGAGAUCCCUCUUCUUAUGGCUGCUAAUUCAGGACGCAAAAGAAUGACUCGUUACCUUUACCUUAGAACUUCUUCCCAUGUCAUUGAUCAGCAGUCUUCACAUAAUCGAGUUUUGCUUCUGGAACGAUGCAUCCAAGCGCAUAUAUUUGAUGUGGCUUUGAAAUUGCUUAAAUCUUACGAAGAACUGCCCAUUGAAUCCUUACCUAUCUUGCACCAAUUGGCUCGAAUGACUUCUGCACAUUUACAGCCCAGUCUUUGGCAGACAAUAGUUUACAGUUUGAAAAAUGGUAAGAUUUUCCUUUUUUUUUUACCUAAUUCUAACAUUCAGGAAGAAUCGACAAUUAUGGAUUCAUGUGGACUGAAAUCUCAAAAUAGAGAGAGAGUACUUGGACACAAGAAUGAAUUUCUACAAAUAUUAUGGUAUUAUAAAGAUAUUAUUUCGAUGUUUAAUAGUUCACAACUCAGGGAAGCUUUGGUGUAUGAUGCCAUGUUGGAAGCAGCAAAGCAUGGAAAUGUUGAGUUCAUAAAUGAUAUGAGGGAGGCUAACCAUGACGUCUUACGGGCAAUGGACAAUCAUGGAAGAGACAUAUUUUCGUAUGCGGUUCUUCAUCGCAAACACAAUGUGUUCCAACUCAUGCAUACUCUCUGUGGAAAUAAGGACAUAAUUAGCUAUACAACAGACAUGUUUGACAAUAACCUAUUGCACUUGGCGGCACAUUUAGGACCUUUGUCCGAUCUGAAUCUCAGACCCGGUGCUGCUCUCCAAAUGCAAAGAGAAAUUCAAUGGUUUAAGGUGCAUUCAUCUUCAUUAGUUUUCUCUCUCUCUAGUGCAAUAUAUAGUCCAUGCAUACAUUAACGUGGAUGAAAUGAGUGCAGGCAGUGGAGGAAGUUGUGCAUGUGAAAUGUAGAGAAGCCAAAAAUGAUGAGGGUAAGAAGCCUGAAGAGAUGUUUAAUGAA